AUGAGUGGGAAAAACAGGGUCAAAGUAAGAUAUAUAAAUAGUGUAUAUAAUCAAAAUGACUCACUCAUUGUUAGAUUUCUCCUCUCUGAGGAAUGGUGUUUAGUCUGGCCUAAUUGUAGGCAGGUAGCCAGGUUGAGAGGGCUAUCUGAUCACUGUCCGCUGGUCUUAUCUGCGGAUGAGGAUGAUUGGGGACCUCGCCCGUCUAGGAUGCUUAAGUGUUGGAAGGAUGUGCCCGGAUAUCACUCGUUCGUGAGAGAGAAGUGGCACUCGCUUCAGGUCGAUGGCUGGGCCGGCCAUGUGCUUAAGGAAAAAUUUAAGUUGAUUAAGGCAGAACUGAAAGAGUGGCAUAUGGCUCAUGCGUAUAACCUUCCUAGUCGUAUUGAAACGUUGAAAGCUAGGCUUUCUGCCCUAGAUGAGAAAGGUGAGGAAGAGGCUCUUUCUGAGGAGGAGUUAGAGGAGCUUCAUGGGGUUUCGUUGGAUAUACAAUCGCUCUCGCGGUUGCAUGCUAGUAUCAGUUGGCAACAAUCCCGGUCUUUGUGGCUUAAGGAUGGAGAUGCUAAUUCGAAGUAUUUUCAUUCGGUCUUGACGAGUCGCGGUCGAAGGAAUGCUAUGUCAACUAUUCAGGUGGAUGGGGUUCCUAUUGAGGGUGUCGAACCGAUUAGACAGGCAGUGUUUUCGCAUUUUGAGUCUCACUUUAAGGAUUCUAACGUGGAUCGGCCCAGGGUGGAUGAUCUUCCGUUUAAAAGAUUGAACCAUGUGGAGAUUGGUAGUCUAAUCAAACCUUUUACGGAGGCAGAAGUGAAAUCCGCAGUGUGGGAUUGUGAUAGUUUUAAAAGCCCUGGUCCCGACGGGAUUAAUUUUGGUUUCAUUAAAGAUUUCUGGGCUAAGCUGCGGGGUGAUAUUAUGCGUUUUCUCUCCGAAUUUCACCGGAACGGCAAGCUUGCCAAGGGUAUAAAUUCUACUUUCAUAGCUUUGAUUCCUAAAGUGGAUAGUCCCCAAAGGUUGAAUGAUUUUCGGCCUAUUUCGCUUGUGGAAUGCCUUUACAAAAUUUUGGCAAAGGUUUUAGCGAAUAGGUUACGCCUGGUGAUCGGAAGCGUGAUUUCUGAGGCUCAGACAGCGUUCGUCAAGGACAGGCAAAUCCUUGAUGGCAUCCUGGUUGCCAAUGAGAUAGUGGACGAGGCGCGAAAGUCUAGAAAAGAUCUUCUGAUGUUUAAGGUUGAUUUUGAGAAAGCUUACGAUUCGGUGGACUGGGGUUAUCUGGAUGAUGUUAUGGGGAGAAUGUCUUUUCCUACCCUUUGGAGAAAGUGGAUUAGAGAGUGUGUUUGUACGGCUACGGCAUCUGUUUUAGUUAAUGGCAGUCCGACUGAUGAAUUCCCCCUUAGACGUGGUCUUAGGCAAGGUGACCCGUUGUCUCCUUUUUUGUUUCUCUUGGCUGCUGAGGGGCUAAAUGUGUUGAUGGAGGCUAUGGUAGCGCGUAAUUUGUUUACAGGAUAUAGCAUUGGGGAGCAGGGUACGGUUUCGAUCCCUUUCCUUUAUUUGGGGCUUCAGAUCGGGGGUGAUCCGAGGCGUUUGAGUUUUUGGGACCCGGUGUUGCAUCGAAUAAAGAAUAGAUUAUCUAGGUGGAAGAGUCGCUUCUUGUCUUUUGGUGGUCGUUUGGUUAUAUUGAGAUCUGUUUUGACCUCUCUACCUGUCUAUGCGGGGGGUUGUGAGGAUUCUAGGAAAAUUUCUUGGGUUAGUUGGAAUUCGGUUAGCUUACCUAAGGAGAGUGGAGGUCUGGGGGUCAGGAGGUUACGGGAGUUUAAUCAGGCCCUAUUGGGCAAGUGGUGUUGGAGGUUGUUGGUUGAUAGCGGGGGUUUGUGGUUUAGAGUGUUGGCAGCUAGGUAUGGGGUUGAGGGAGGCAGAAUUCGGGAUGGAGGUCGGAGGGGGUCCCUGUGGUGGAGGGAGAUAACCGAUCCCUGUGUGGAUGGUAUUCCGUUGUGUGAGCGUUUUGGGCGUCUGUUUGCUUUAACGGCAAACAAAUAUUGUUCGGUAGCUGAGAUGAGUGCUUUAGGGUGGGGCGCAGAUGGAGGAGCGUGGGUGUGGCAGAGGCAGUUGAGGGCGUGGGAGGAGGAGAUGUUGGGGGAGUGUCAGACUUUACUUUCUAACAUUUCCUUGCAGGCUAUUUCUUUGGACAGGUGGCAGUUGCAGCCUGAUCCUGACACAGGUUAUACUGUUAGGGGGGCUUAUCAGCUCCUGAUAUCUCAUGCUUUGGUUACUGUGGAUGAUGCGGAUAAUCUUAUUUGGCACCCUCAGGUUCCAUUGAAGGUUUCCAUUCUUGCGUGGCGUUUAUUGCGUGACAGGUUGCCCACGAGAGUGAAUCUGGUUACUCGACAGGUUUUAUCUCCUACAGCUCACAUGUGUGUUUUUGGUUGUGGCGAGGCUGAAUCGGCUCGUCAUUUAUUCAUAUCUUGCGGUUUUGUUGGCUCUCUUUGGGAUUUAGUGCGGUUAUGGAUUGACAUUCCUGUGGUGGAUUUUGUUUCUAUGCGGGAUCACUUUAUUCAGUUCACAUCUUCAGCAGGUGGAUCUCGAGCGCGUCGUUCUUUCCUUCAGCUCAUCUGGCUUGCUUGCAUUUGGGUCGUAUGGACAGAGAGAAAUCACCGAUUGUUCAGAGGAUCAUUAGAUAUGCCCCAUGUUUUGUUGGACAAGAUCAAGCUUCUGCCAUGGUACGUCUUGUGCCAGGGAGGCUGA